CAACAACAGCGAACAUCAUCAUCGAGUAAGUAAUUGUGUUUUCAACAGCUUGGUUCAUAUUCUUCCAACCACACAAAAUGAUUUUAUAUUUCUUGUUAUCUUUAUGAAAUUUCAUUUGAUGAAAUAUUUAAACAUGAUGAUAUUAUUAUUGUUACUGUGGAAAAUGCAUUACUACUAUAGGAUGGGGAAGAAUGUGUAUUUUGGCAAUGAUCAUGAUGAUUCUUGUCAUUUCAUAUCAUCAAGUUGCAGGUUUUGGAAAUGUUAAAAUCAGUUCGGAAGCUGCUGAUAAACUGAGGGCAAACAAUUUUGAUUGUACCAUUUGCAAUGUCUUGUUGACAAUGGUUGAAAAUGAAAUCCAUAAGGAAAAUCCAAGACUCGACUUGUUUGCUGAAAAGAUUUGUGAUGCCAUUCCUGAACACUAUUCGAAAUACAAGUUGGUUUGUGACUUGUUGGUCAAGGGAGCUCUUGAUGUGAUUGUAAAUAUGUUGUUGAAGGAUUAUCCUGCAACUGAAAUUUGUGUCGCUAUGAAAUUUGCCAGUUGUAAUGGAUGUAGAUUGGAUAAUAGCACACUCACUGGAAAAUACAGUGUUGAAUAUGCUGAAAAUGCAAAGAGAGAAUUGGGUGAAGUUUUGGCACAAUUGAAUGCUCUCCAACUUCCAGCACUUACAAAGAACAAGGAAAUGAUGAAUCAACUUGUCAAGGAUAUGGUCACUGCCAAAUUUGAAAAGUUAGCUCAAAAGGAAAAUAACAAGGAUGCUGCUCAAUUACAAAAGGAAAAGAAGGCACAAGUUGUUGCCCUUUUGAGAGCUUGGAUUGUUUCUUUGGUCUUGUUAAAGAAAAAGAUGGCACCUGCUAAAGCUGGUGGUUUGAAUGUGAGAGGUCAACCUGUUGUUCCAACAGCUGGUGAUGAUGAUCACGACUUGUUCCCUGGCAGUCACAUGUUGCUUAGAAAUGCUGAUUGGAGAGGUAUGGAUUGUGAUGACAAGAAUCCUGGAAUCAAGCCAGGUAUCUAUGAUAACAAUCAAAAUAACAGAGAUAUGAACUGUAAUGGAGUUUAUGGAACUGAACCAAAGACUGGCGAGUCCUAUGAAAGUUUGUACUGUAAUGUUACUACUAGACAAGUUAUCAUGUUUGGUGAUAGUGCUUCAAGUGGUUUCCACGUUCCACCUGAAUGGUUGGAUGUUGAUAACAUGUCUGAUUUAGGAUUUGUUUUGGAAGAUGAAUUUGAUUGGCCACAAAAGUGUUGGUCAACUGGUUGGAAUUCUUCCUUGAUUGGUGAUGAUGGUUCUGUCUAUUUGAGAAUGAGACAACGUAACUUGUGUAUGCAUAGACAAUAUCAAAAUGUUGGCCACAAUGGUGGUAAGAUUGAAAACUUUUUGAGUGAUCAAAUUCCUGGACUUUCCAUGACUCCAAAUUCAUUGCCAUAUCUUGGAUUUUUGGCUUAUAUUGGUAAUGAUGUCUGUAAGGAUGAAUUGAGUGAAAUGACCACUACAGAUCAAUAUUAUGAAAGACUUAUUAGUGGUUUGAAUGUUCUCGAUAAGAGAUCUCCACCAAACAGCAAAUUAUUAUUGAUGGGAUUGGUUGAUGGUAGAAUCUUGUUCAAUCAAAUGCACAACAGAACUCACCCAUUGGGUUGUACUUAUGAAGGUCUCUAUAACUUCCUUUCUUGCUCUGGUGCUAAUCCAUGUCCAACAUGGCUCACAUCCAAUGCCACUCGUAGAAAUGCUGCCUCACAAAGAGCUCAAGAUUUAUCCAUGGUUGCUAAAAAGGUUUCUGAAACUGUCAAAUUGCAAAAUAUUGAAUUGGGUUACAUGGAUUUCCCACUCGAUAAGAUGCUUGACUAUUGUGCAAAGAAUAACAUUCCACCAUACUUGUUGAUUGAAGCUUUCGAUGGUUUCCACACUAGUAUUAAUUUUGCUGAUAAGAUUGAAGCUGGUAUUAUAUGGGAUUGGCUCACCAUCAACAAGCCACAAUGGAUUGGACCAAUCAAUUCCUACAAUACUCAAAUUCAACAAGUCUUUGGAAAUCAAGGUGGUUUCUAAAUUUUCACUCGAGCUCUCGGAUCACAAUUAUGUUAAUUAUUAUGUUAUAGUAAUGGGAAUUAAGGUAAAAUAUGUGGAUUAAACACUCAUCCUCCAACACUUUCUAUUGAAAAUUAACAUAAUUUUAACAUUCUACCUAAUUUAUAAACAAAAUAUUAAAAAA